CUCAAGAGUAGCUCUCAUCGCCAUGAUAACCUGCAACCCUAUCAUCACCAUCCUCACCGGAUUCCUGGCUACUAGAUCUACAGUCCUAGCCCUCCCAGCAGCCCCCGACAACAACGCGGAAAAACAUGGACCUAACCAGCCCCGUAUCCCAUCCCGCUCCGCACAUCCAGUAUCCCCGUGUCGACUCUUCUUCCCUUCCCAGUGAUCGUAGACCACCACCUAUGACAAACACCGAAGGCGAAGAUACCGUCCCUGACCAAGAGCCUGCCUGGCCCGGCGUCGGCCCCCGCAAAUGGUGCAAAGACUACACCUGGAUCGACGAGACCUCCGACCGUUCCCCCCUCCUCAAAGACUGCCUACAGAUCGUCAAAAACCACGCAGCAGGCAAGAACCACGGGGGGACUGGGUCUUCAUGGCCGGUCAACACAGAAUCAUCGCGUGAGCGGGCAUUUACGCGUUCGGGGUGUCGGCUGGGGGGAAACGUGGCGAGGGGGCAGUGA